AUAUUUUCUCACUUUUUUUUUCUAAUUUCUUCUCACAUCACAAAUGGCAGACAUUAAUCUCUCAUUCCUCACACUCUGCAUCCUCCCAAUCCUCCUCUUACUCUUCCUCAAACUCAUAAUCCGGCCCCACCCAGUCACAAUCCCAAUCAAAUCCCGCCACGUGUUCAUCACCGGCGGCUCCAGCGGCAUCGGCUUGGCUCUCGCGCGCCAAGCCGCAGCCGAAGGCGCUCGCGUCACCAUCCUAGCUCGAAACCCUAGCAAGCUCGAAGAAGCCAAAGCCUCCAUCCGCCUCUCAACCGGCAUCGACGUCACCACCGUUAGCGCUGACGUGUGCGACUUUGACGCCGUGAAGACGGCCGUGGAGAGUGUGGAUCCGAUCGAUGUGUUGGUUUGUAAUCAAGGGGUUUUUGUUGCGUAUGAGCUUGAGAAACAGGAGAUUAAGGAGGUUAGGGAGAUGAUUGAUGUGAAUUUGGUUGGGAGUUUUAAUCUGGUUAAGGCUGUGUUGCCUGGGAUGAAGAGUAGGAGUGAUCGAAAGCCGCUUUCGAUUGCGUUAUAUGUCGUCUCAGGCCGGGCAGGGUAUGAUGUUUUUGUUAGCUUUGAUUUAACUAGGUUAUGA